GGGCUGGGCUUAUACGCCCCUGGGCUCCCUCGGUGAGAGGCUGCUCUUCUGUGGUCCCACUUCUGCUCCCAGAGGGCUCUUGCCGGUCAGCAGUGCAAAUCAGGUGCCAUUCCUAUGCUCCGUGCUGGCUGGCUGUGGCCAACCUUUCUGGGCUGCCGCCCUGCCCCAGGGUCCCCUCCUCAGAGCAGUGGUGAAUAUGAAUUCCACGAAAAAAUUUCUUCAAGAAUUACUUAUUUCAAGCCAGACGCUAUGGCACAGGCAUGUAAUCCCAGCAAUUUGGGAGACUGAGGCGGGAAGAUUGCAAGUUCGAAGUCUGCCUGAGCAACUCAGCAACUCAGUGAGACCCUGUCUCAAAAUAAAAUUUAAAAGGGGACAGGGACAGAGUGCCCCUGGGCUCAAUCCCCAGUACCAGCCCCCCACCCUAAUUUGCUUAUUUCAUUCUGAUCACGUUUCUGAGUACAGAGGGAGGCUCAAAGUAUGUUACAAACAAAAGCGGGUUUUGUGCAGUCUUGGAAGCCUUGGCGGGGCUUUUUCUUUAAGCAUAUUGGACUGAGUUGGGGAAUUGGUUUGCAGUGAGGGAGGUGACCCAGUUGCUGAGAAAUCUGGAGGCCACUGAGAGAGGGGAACAUUGCUUGUCCGAUCUGUGUUCCUCUACUAGGCACCAGGGAGCUGACUAUGGUGGAGGAAGGACAAGAGUCCUGGCUUGGAAAUAUAGGUGCUUGACCAUCCUGCCUCCUUGACAGUGAUGACAGGUUAGCCUCAGGCUCAGAGUUGUGAGGGAGAGGAGGUGUGUGUGGAAGGUCUUGCUAAACAGCAAAGCACUUAUAACUUUAUUAAUGUUAGACCUAAUACUAAUAGUUCAGGCGCUGUCAUAAUGUGCCCUCCUCUUUAGGAUCCCUGCAGAGGGUUUGCCUCUGAGAGACCCUGUAUUAACACUGGCCUGUCCUUCUUAUUGUUUUGUUUGUUUAUUUAUUUAUUUACUGGGGAAUUAAGCCCAGGGAUGCUGAACCAUUGAGCUACAUCCCCCGCCCUUUUUAUUUUUUAUUUUGAGACUGGGUUUCAUUAAGUUCCUUAGGGCCUUACUAAGUUGCUGGCUUUGAACUUGCAAUCCUCCUGUCUCAGCAUCCCCAAUGCUGGGAUUACAGGUGUGUGCCACUGUGCCAGCUAUUUAUCUUUUUUGAGAUGGGAUUUUGCUGUCUGUAUUGCUCAGGCUGGUCUCAAACUCCCAGACUCAAGCAAUCAUCCCAUUUCAGCCUUCCAAUAAGUGCCUGGCCUUAUUAUUAUUUAAAAAUUUACUCUUUAAAUGUUGCCUAAAACCAAAAAUUGUGCAUAUUAGCUGAGUGUUAUGAAAAAUGCUGAUAAAUGAUUACAUGUGUAAUGUGUAAAAGCCAUAGCCUUAAUCCCCCAAAACCAAAGGCCAGAUGUUCUGCAGAUGUAACACCCAGUGGUGGGAAAAAUUGGAAGUCCACUGGAUUAGACAAAGGAGAAAGAAGGGAAGGGAGGGAAGAUGGGAAUAGGAAAGACAGUGGAAUGAAUCAGACAUAACUUUCCUGUGUUCAUUUAUUGACUACACGACUAGUGUAACCCCACAUCAUCAUGUACAACCACAAGAAUGGGAAGUUACACUCCAUGUAUGUAUAUGUCAGAAUACAUCCUGCUGUCAUGUAUCACUAAAAAGAACAAAUAAAAACUAAAAAUUUUCAACAUGAAAAAAACAACAACAUGGCCUUAUUAUUUUUAUCUAAUGAGGUUAGACUUUGCCUUCCAUGGCAAGAUAAAGUUGUCUCUAAUAAAAAAUGCUGAACAAUCAGGGCUCAAAAGCAACAAUGAAUAUUUUGCAUGCCAGGAAGGAGGCAAAGAAGUAGAAUUAUAACCAAAUCAUACUGAUAAGAGAUGUUAUUUAUAAAGUAGGCUUUUACAAGGGCCCAGGGGUUAGCUGAUUGUAACUAAGGAAAGAAGCUCAGAAGGAAAGUCACCAGUAAGUUCCAGGCCUGAAAUCCCAUCUGCACAUAAAACCUGAGGAUCCUGGUUUCUCCUGAAACUGUCUGUCAGAGCUCCCUGUCCAGGCCCCCAGCCAUGGCCAUGGCGGUAGCCCAGAAGUUCAGCCACCUCCUGUCCAGCCUGUGGCACAUCGGCCAGGAGCCUCUGCAGCCGGAGCCGGUCUUCACGGUGGACCGAGCGGAGGUGCCGCCCCUCUUCUGGAAGCCCUACAUCUACGCUGGCUACCGGCCCCUGCACCAGACCUGGCGCUUUUACUUCCGCACGCUGUUCCAGCAGCACAAUGAGGCCGUGAACGUGUGGACCCACCUGCUGGCGGCCCUGGCGCUGCUCCUGCGGCUGGCCAUCUUUGUGGGGACCGUGGACUUGCUGGGAGACCCGCACGCCCUGCCGCUCUUCAUCAUCGUCCUGGCCUCCUUCACCUACCUGUCCUUCAGCGCCCUGGCCCACCUCCUGCAGGCCAAGUCCGAGUUCUGGCAUUACAGCUUCUUCUUCUUGGACUACGUGGGUGUGGCCGUGUACCAGUUUGGCAGUGCCCUGGCGCACUUCUACUACGCCAUUGAGCCCGCCUGGCAUGCCAGGGUGCAGGCCAUCUUUCUGCCCGUGGCUGCCUUUCUGGCCUGGCUCUCCUGCACCGGCUCCUGCUACAACAAGUACAUCCAGAAGCCAGGCCUGCUGGGCCGCACUUGCCAGGAGGUGCCCUCAGCCCUGGCCUAUGCGUUGGACAUCAGCCCGGUGGUGCACCGUAUCUUGGUGUCCCCUCACUCUGACAUAGACGACCCAGCUCUUCUCUACCACAAGUGCCAGGUGGUGUUUUUUCUGCUGGCUGCCGCUUUCUUUUCUACCUUCAUGCCUGAGCGCUGGUUCCCAGGCAGCUGCCAUGUCUUUGGGCAGGGCCACCAGGUUUUCCAUGUCUUCUUGGUGUUGUGCACCCUGGCUCAGCUGGAGGCAGUGACGCUGGACUACGAGGCCCGUCGACCCAUCUAUGAGCCUCUACACACACGCUGUCCCCACAACUUCUCCGCCCUCUUCUUGCUCACUGUGGGCAGCAGUGUCCUCACUGCGUUUCUUCUCAGCCAGCUGGUACGGCGAAAACUCAACGAGAAGACCAAGUGAAGGGAGGGGCAGCCGGUAGGGAGGGGUAUGGUGGGGGACAGGGGUUCGGGCUUGGCCCCAGAUAGGAACAAGGCCUGGUAAAGUUGUUUGUGUCUGGCCCGCGGUGACUCCCUGCACAUACCCCAACUGUCAAGGAUGGCACUGGCCAACCUUUAGACUUAGGGAUUGGCCAGUUGCUGCUGGGUCAACUCUGGAUCUGCCUAGCUCCCCGCUUGGGACAGGGAAAAAGAUGAAGGUGUGGGCCACCCUGGCUUUCUCUCCACUGCCUCCCACUAGGGGUGAAGGUGGGACUCUGCUGGGGUUAAGACCCUGUAUUGGGGCUUGUGGAUUGUCUGGGUGGAUGGUAAAACUUAGACCAGAGUUACAUUUGAGUUGAGAGGCAGGGGAGGCUUCAGUAACCCACCUCUACCCACUUUUUAUCAGUAGAGAGGAAAGGGACGGGCUCAAAUAUGUGCAGGACCUUACUGUCCCUUGAGCCCCAGCCUGGAUCAGAGCUCCAGGGAGCCCCAAAAGGUAGAAGACUGUGCCAGGCUCAAGGAGAUCCCAAUCAGUGCCACAUAUCCAAGUCACUGCCCCAGACAGUGAGCCCCAAGCCUCCUAGCUCUGGCCUGUGUCCCACACAGCAGUUCCCAGAUCUCUUAUUCAUGAUUCAGUAAUCUAUCCAGUGCGUCCUUGGCCUCUUCUCGGAGGCAGGCCACCCACCAGGCCCUGUGGUCAAUGCAGGAUCACAGAGGAUUUAAUACCAGAAUGAACUGUCAAGGAAGAAGGGAGAAGAGAAUAAGUGUUCCCCAGGGUACCCAGGGUCUUGGCUGGGAAGAGUGAAUAGGAGUUUGCAGACAGAAUAGGGCAUUCCAGGCAGAGGGGGAAACCUGAGCAAAGGUCCAGAUCCACAGGAGGAGCUCAGUGGGUCUGGAGCCAGGGCUGCUUUGGACUUUUGCUAUGUCCUGGAUAUAAAUAAAGUGACUGUGAUAACA